AUGAUAUCUGAUCUGGGUAACGAAGAAAAGAAAAAAUAUCUUAAAUUUACAAGAAAAUGUCGUCGAACAAAAAUGACAAUAGAUGAUUUUCAAUCAACAAUGACAAAUACGAUAUUUAGAACAACAACAGUAGCAGGAUUAAGCCAUCAUGAAGUUCAAUGUAUUGAUGAUCAUAAACUACAGCUUGAUCAAGUUAUUACUGCUCCAAUGCCAAAAAUACCUUUAGAUAUUUCCACACGAACUCAUUGGCUUACAAUUGAAGGUAAACAAUCAACAAUUAAUGAAAAUCUGGAAAUUAUUUCAAAAGCUGAUCUUACAACAGUUUCAUUCGAUCCUGAAACUAUUGCUAGUCUUCUGACAGAAACAAGUCUUCAUCAAAUUUUAUCACAGAUUGUUUUAUUUAUUUGUGAAGGUGUUCAAAUUAAUUUAAUGCAAUACAAUAUAGCAAUAUCAAUCUACUUAAUGAGAAUGACAAGUGCAUUAUCGCCCAAUUAUUUCCAGCUAUUAUGUCAUUUAUUCAUUCAUGAUUUACGAAAUCGUAUUGUACGAAUAUUAAUUCAAACAUUUCAUAGUGAACGUUUACCACUUGUUGGUUUAUGUGAAAUGGAUCAAAAAACAAUUGAUGAAUUAUUAUUUUCUAUUAUAAGAGCACUUGGUGAUUGA